AUUUUGUGCCCUGGGGCUAUUUUCGUCAGCUCUUUUGUAAUAGCUCAGGAGUCGGGACUGGACAUCGUCUGACUCUAUCGUUGAGAGACAUGGACCAGCCGCGUACGGGACACACUUCAUUGACUAAUGUUAAUUGUUAAUGCUGACGCUCUGAAUGCGAAAACAAUCAUUUCCCUGUCGUCAUUAAUAAAGAUGUCAUACAAAGCGUAUGGCUGAAUCAAACUGCGGCUCUAUUGGACUUCAAGCGAUAGAUUGGGAUGUAGGCUAUGCGAAAUUUUGCGGUUCUCAUUGGAAUGCGGUCAUUUUUGGAAUAAACAAACGCAUGUGAUGCUAAGGCGCAUCUGCACUGCUGCCAAGAAUAAUAAGACUAUUUGACUGUGGGGAGUUUUCUUGUCAUUGGAUUGCUAAUAAUCCAUCCAGUGGGAUUAUCAAAAACCUAUGAAACGAUUUGAAGGUCGCCUUCGAUUUGAGAUGCUGGCGAUUAACUGCGCUUUAAUUGUAGCGUUCAUGCACAGCGGGACAGCCUCCAGGUGUGUAGACCAUGCCUGCAGUCCUCCCAUGGGCAACCUGGCCAGUGGCAGGACCCUCACCACCCUCUCAGGCUGCUGUGGGAAUGGGUCCCACCACUCCCCAUGCCCCACUCCCCUCCACCCCUGUCCAGUUGACCUUCACCCGCCUGCCAACAUGGUGGAUGAUCCCUUCCAGCACCCAGACACCUGGUGGGGCUCGGGCGUGGGCACUGACCAAGCGGAGGAGGUCCGUCUGGACCUGGAGACCCGUUUCUGUCUGACCCACGUGGUGCUGCUGUUCCACUCACCCAGGCCCGCUGCCAUGGCCAUGGAGCGCUCGCAGGACUUCGGCCGGACGUGGGAAACACUCAAGCUGUUUGCACAGAACUGCAGUCUGGCGUUUGGUCUUCCUGAUGACACCAGUCAGCAUGGCUCGCGGUGUACGUCCCGGUACUCCAGUGCCAAGCCGUGCAGCAGGGGAGAGGUGAUAUUUCGGACUCUGGGUCCUGGUGGAUUAGUUGACCCCUACAGUCCAGAGGGCCUUUCCCAGCUGACCCUCACCAACCUCCGCCUCAGACUUCUCAAGGCUCAGACCUGCCCAUUAUCUGUGGCGCCUUCCACCACUUCUUCCUCCAUCAGACUCUUCAAACCUCCAGCGGACCUGAAUCUCCCCCUCCUCCCUUCCCCCCAGCCCAGCUCAGAGGGUCCUGCCUCAGCUCCAUUUGCCAUUUACACUCUCCUGGCUCGGGGGACCUGUCUCUGUCAUGGCCAUGCAGAACACUGCUUACCCCACAGAGGUGGACAGGACACACUGAAGGACAUGGUGGCUGGCAGGUGUGUGUGCACUCACCACACAGCAGGAGAACACUGUGAAAGGUGUGGCACACUCUACAAUGACCAGUCCUGGAAGCCAGCCAAUGGCAGCAAUGGGGAGCCACACCCGUGCCAUAAGUGUGAGUGUCAUGGCCAUGCAGAGAGCUGUCAUUUCUCUAAGAGGGCGUGGCUGUCCUUGGGGGGCACCAGUGGGGGUGUCUGUGAYGACUGCCAACACAAUACAGCUGGGCGCAGGUGCCAGCGCUGUCGCCACGGUUACCACCGCCAACCAGCCAUGCCUCUCAACUCCCCCCACGUCUGCACACGUUGUUGGUGUGACCCACUGGGCUCAUUACCAGCCAUCUCUGGGGAGGAGGGUCGAUGGUGCCACCCCAGGAGUGGACAGUGCCAUUGCAGACCUGGUGUGGGGGGAACAGGCUGCAACCACUGUCUCCCUGGAUACUGGGGCUUUGGGGGAGAGGGGUGCAAACCCUGUGCUUGUCCCCAAAACUGUGACCCCCACACUGGGCUCUGCCUGGACAGCUAUGCAAAUAACCAGGUUUUAAAUAUACCUAUGGGAGGCAAGAUUCUUGCCAUGGACCAUGCCUUGACCAAUGAGGGUGAGCCAGUGUGGUCAAAGCAACUGGCAGUCUCUGCCCUGCACUACACAGGGAAAUGCAGUUGUAAGGAGAGAAAGUUGAGGAGUGUCUCAGAUCUCUGCAAGACCAAAUAUGCCUAUGUGAUCAAAGCCAGUGUGUUGUCAGCUCAUGACAAGGGGAGCCACGCAGAGGUACAGGUCAAAGUUCGCAAGGUCCUGCGUUCAGGACAGGUGGCUCUCUCCCAGGGCACCCACAGUAUCUACCCCCUCUCCUGGACUAGCCGGGGGUGCACCUGCCCCAUUCUUAAUCCAGGUGUGGAGUACCUGCUGGCGGGUCCAGAGGAGGUAGAGACAGAGCGGCUGCUGGUCACCAUGCAGAGUGUGGUGGUUCCUUGGACCCCUCAACUGGGGACCCACAUAUCGGAGGGCCUAAGGCAGGGCUGCCCAUCACAGAGCAAUUUGAAUGGAAAUUGAGGGUUGUAUCACUGGUUCAAUAGAUAAUUCAGGAAAGGGACUGAAAGUCAGUGGAAAAGGCUUGACCGAGUGUCUUGACCAAUGACUGCUAUGGAAAAUCUUGCCCAGAAAAGACUACAACCCUGCCAUAUGAUGCAAAGAGGACUGACUGGAAUCUUUUUAGACAUUCUUGUGAAGAUGAUUUAACUUGGGGGAAAUACCACACACAAACAUUAAAAAAAAGCAUCCUUCUGGAAUCCAAUGAAUGUUUGGGUGGUCAUAUUUGAGCCAUUCUUUUCUGCAAGCCAGUGUUAACUAUCGGACACAACAAACCCUGGCAUACAAGCUUUACAGACUUUGUGUAUGUCAAAAGCCAUGCCUUUUAUAAAUGAUAACAUCAAAAUGCCUACUAGGUUCUAUAACAAUUUAUUACAUUCCAGUGCUCUCUGCUUUUAGUGUACUAUAUAUUUAUCAGUAUCCAAUUCCAAUCAUUUAGUGUUCCAAUUAAAAUG